UUGCUCGCGACGGGCUCUUUCUAGUAUCCCUGCUAUUUCCUGCUGGGACAGAAAGAUUCCAGAGGUCUUGCCUUUCGCUUUCCACCCCCUCCUCUCUCUCUCUCUCUCCCCGCUCUGCGUCGGCGGGAAGAAUUCCCUUUGAAGUGGCUUUCUCCCUUUUGGGAGGACCCCCCCUGAUCGGUACUUCUUUGGGCGGCGGGGGGGAAGGCGCUAGAGGAAGGAUCGCGCGCCCCUCAAUUUCGCCUGCUGCACAUCGACCGGGGCUGAGCCUUAGCUAGUUUUCCCCCUGCCCCCCUUCCCGGGCAUGCUUUGCUGGACAGGAGGGUAAGGGGGGGGGAUUUUUUUCCUCAGCGCUGCUGCCGACCCCCUCCGCCCGCCCCAGGCGAAGAGCUUCACCGGCGCCGGAAAGCCGAGGAUACGGCUGGCGGAGGGGGGGGGGGGGGGGGGGGGGGGGGGGGGGGACGGGGGACGAAGGAGCGCGGCUAAAGAGGAUUUCUUCUCCUGCCUGGAUUUGCAUUGCGGCGGUUGUUCCAACGGUCGGGGAAGAAGAUCCUGCUUCCCCCCUCACGCCCUGCCGGGUCUCAGUUCGAUCUUCCUGCGAGCAGCCUGCGAGCCAGCGCUGGGCUGGAGGGAUGUGAUACCUGGAGGUCCAGGAUGCUGGCGGCCUCUUUUUAAAAAGCCGGAGGAGAACAUCAGCCUUUCGAAGUACGACUGCGGAGGAAACAGCCGGUUCUCCCCUCCAGCACCUUGAUUUUCUGGUCCGGUUUCUCCUCUUCCCACCCCCUUCCCUCCUCGCCCCUCUGUUGUUUCCCUUCGGGAUUCUGCCGCACCGCAGCAUCUUCCAAGCUGGAGCACCAUGGAGCUGGAGAACAUCGUAGCCAAUACAGUUUUACUGAAAGCCAGAGAAGGAGGUGGAGGGAAACGGAAAGGAAGGAGCAAGAAAUGGAGAGAGAUCCUCAAGUUCCCACACAUCAGCCAAUGCGAUGAGCUCCGGAAAGGGUUGGAACGAGAUUACAACAGUUUGUGUGACAAGCAACCCAUCGGCCGACUGCUUUUUCGACAGUUUUGUGAGACCCGGCUGGAACUCCUACGGUGUAUCCACUUCCUGGAUGCUGUGGCAGAAUAUGAGCUUUCUCCAGAUGAGAAACGUAAGGAAAUGGGAGAAGAAGUCAUUCGGCAGUUUUUCAACAAGGAGUCCCUGGGCUAUAUGGCAGAAAUUUGUGAACUUUUUAUGAACCAGUGCAUAGAAGACCUACAGAGAAGCCCUUGCAAGGAUCUCUUUGGCAGUUGUGUACAGCGCUUGCAUGAAUACCUGGGCGGUGCUCCUUUCACAAAUUACCAGGACAGUAUGUAUUUUGACAGAUUCCUCCAAUGGAAACACCUGGAGAGGCAAUCCGUGACCAAAGACACCUUCAGGCAAUACCGGAUCCUAGGCAAAGGAGGCUUCGGAGAGGUUUGUGCAUGCCAAGUACGUGCUACAGGGAAGAUGUACGCUUGCAAAAAGCUGGAGAAGAAGCGCAUCAAGAAGCGGAAAGGGGAAGCAAUGGCCCUGAAUGAGAAGCAGAUCCUGGAGAAGGUCAAUAGCCCAUUUGUGGUCAGUUUGGCUUACGCGUAUGAAACCAAGGAUGCUCUGUGCCUGGUCCUCACAAUCAUGAAUGGAGGUGAUCUGAAGUUUCACAUCUACAACAUGGGCAACUCGGGUUUUGACAAUGAGCGGGUCACCUUCUACGCUGCAGAGAUUUGCUGUGGCCUUGAACAUUUGCACCGGGAGGGCAUUGUUUACAGGGACUUAAAGCCAGAGAACAUUCUCCUGGAUGAUGAUGGGCAUAUACGGAUCUCAGAUCUGGGGCUGGCCAUUAAGAUCCCCGAAGGUGACACCAUCCGUGGCCGUGUAGGAACCGUAGGCUACAUGGCUCCUGAAGUAAUUAACAAUGAGCGCUACUCCUUCAGCCCAGACUGGUGGGGACUUGGCUGCCUCAUCUAUGAGAUGAUCGAGGGCCAAUCACCCUUCCGGGCCCGCAAGGAACGGGUGAAGAGAGAAGAGGUAGAAAAGCGGGUUCAGGACGACCAGGAACAGUAUUCAGACAAGUUCUCUGAAGAUGCCAAAACCAUCUGCAAGUCGCUCCUGACUAAAGAUCCUAAGCAGCGGCUUGGAAACAAAGGUGAGGGGUCCGUCCAGGUGAAGCAGCAUCCAUUCUUCAGGACAAUCAACUUCAAGCGACUGGAAGCUGGGAUUAUGAAGCCCUCGUUUGUGCCAGAUCCUCGGGCUGUGUACUGUAAGGAUGUACUGGACAUUGAACAAUUCUCCACUGUGAAGGGUGUCAACCUAGACCAAACCGACAAUGACUUCUAUGCCAAAUUUGCCACAGGCUGUGUCCCAAUACCCUGGCAGAACGAGAUGAUCGAGACAGAAUGCUUUAAGGAUCUCAACAUCUUUGGACCAAAUGGCACCCGAUCCCCAGAUCUGGACUGGAAGCAGCUCCCUGACCCACCCAAGCGUAGCCUCUUGCAGAGGCUCUUCCGACGUAACCCAAGUGACUUCACCAUCAGCACCAACGUACAUUCCAACCUGUCGGCAGCCCCCUCACCAGCUUGGCCCAUGGCACAGGCUCCCUCCUGACCUCUGGAGCUAGCACUCAUCCUUGUCUUCUCAGGGUUGCCUUAGGCUGAUAUAUGGAAGUCCCUGUCUGGGGCCAGGCUCUGUUACUGCUGGGAGCCGAAGGAACACAGCCUUCCAAUCGGCAGGGCAGCAAUGGUCCAGAAGACCUUUGCCACCUCUUGGUGCUGAUGUGGAUUGGGAGCAUGGAGACUCUUCUUGUCCAGAACCUUGGCUGCUGCUUGUUGACAGGGUCUUCCUUCAUCUUUCUGUACUUUGACUGCACAGGGAGCAUCCAUGGCUCUCCCCCAUUUUCUUUGUCUCAUCACCUCCUGACCCAACUUUCAUGGGAGAUCAACUGGGGAGAUAUACCUGAGAAGGAAGGAUUUAAACACAGAAAGAACCACCAAUGGCGCCUGGAGAUGGCAGAGAUGGGGGCUGGAGUCUUACUGGAGAGAAAAAGAGAAUGCAUAGCUUGGACAAAAUUGCAAUGGGGAUGAGAAAGACUCCCCACUCUUGUAUUGGUAUUUCCGGAGACUCAUGGAUAAGUGUGUGUUGGUUAGUGUGUGGAUGUGUAUUGAACUGCUAGCUCCUUGGAGUUCAUUCAGGGUUUUUCCAGGGAUCUCUCCCACCCACACCAUCAAUUCUACAGCCUGGGGCCAUUGCAAAACCAGAACAUGGAAGACAAAGAAAAUUGAAGAGCAAUUGGUUGUCUUUCCUUCAGGACAUCCUUUCUUGGCUGGUCAUCUUCUAGGUGUGCUGGACUGUCCAGCACCUGCCAUCCCUUAGCAAUACAACUUUCAGACCAGAUUGUUGGGCAGGGUCAACUGGAAUCCAGGAUAUGUGGAAAUCCCCAGAUGCAGGAUGCUGCUUUAGAAGCACUCAAUAGGAAAAGACAGAGAGGUGAGAUGGAUGACAUCUCAGCCUGCAUAAAGUGUUCCCAAACCCUGACUUUAACCUCAGCCUGCAGUGUUGAAAAGAUAUUUUUUAAAUCCUACAUAUUUUAACUUUUGUUACAAUUGUUUCCAUAGGUCUGUCUACUCAUUAAUUUUAUUUCCUUUCCUUUCUGUCUCUGUAUUUUCCCCCAUUCUCACAUGACCUUUCCUUUUUAUCUUUAUGCCACCCAGCCUAGCUGGUUCCUGGUGUAUUAAAGCAGAUGCAGGGUCUACCCUGAUUGUGAUCAUAUGCGCAAGUAUGAUGGAACCAGAUAAUUUCAUCUUAUUGGUUCCAAAAAGUCCAACAUCCAAAUGUGAAAAUACCAGCUGCAGGUGGACAAUUGUCUUUUAAAACUCUCCUCUACAUUGGAAAAUAAAAACCUCUUUGUAAGAAGAAAAGCAGAAUAAGACUGGGUUAAAGUUUUAACCCAUAAUAUUCUGGAUUUCUGACUUUCGAAGAGAGUCCCCUUACCCAUCCUACCCCCAGCACAAGGCUUGAGUUUCGCUUGUUUGCGUGGCCCAGUUUCUGGCAUGCCAUGGCCCAGUUGACACUGUCCAUGGCCUCGGGGUUGGGGACCCCUACCCUAAUGUGCUUCAUUUCAGGAAAAAAGGAUCAUUUUGUUGCUGCUAUUGCUAAAUAAUUGGAAUAUUCCCGUUGCCUCUUCUCUUUGAAAAUGAUAGCAAUGAUGAUGCAGAGAGAAAUGCAUGAAGAGAGCAUUUCUCUCUAGGCUUAGAGAAGAAGCAAGAGAAGGAGAAAGGACAACAGUGGAGAGGGGAAGGAAGACUCAACAUAGGAAAUUUUGUUUGCAAAUUUCUCCAAACCCAAACAGGAAGCAGGGCUCUGGAGCUAUGUUGAAGAACAGUGUGGAAGUUAGAUACUUGUAGCUCUCCAGAGGCUGGUGGAGCACAACUCUCGGCAUCUCUUACUCUAGAUCUUCCUAGGGGGCCCUGUUGGAAAUGGUCAUUUAACAACUUCUGGACAGCUAUAGAUUUUCUACUUGUAAAUAAGGCUAGAUUUUCUUUAGCUUAUAAUAUACUACUGUAGUGUUCCAGUUUGAUCCUGUUUUCCACCUUUGCUUCUCUGCCAUUUGUUUUUAUGAUCCUAGGAGGCUCUAAAGGAUAGGAUAAUAGAUCUAUGGACAAAGCUGCUGCUUUCCCUUCUGGCUGCCAGAGUGUGGUGCUCCUUCACUGAUUUCUGUGGCUCAGGUUGAGACUGAAACAAUGCAUCCAUUCUAAGAUAACCACAGGGAGCUUCCCAAAUUCUGAGGCUCUCCCUUCCAAAAUAAUUUGCAAAGGAUUGGCUCUAAAUGGCUACGGCCAUCACACAUUACAAAGGUCAGGGGAAGAUAGAUCUAUUUUUACUCAGAAUUCCUUCUCUUUAUCUUAUCACUUGGCUGUUGCAUGACCUGCUGAAGGAAGGGCUUGCUCUCAGCCUGGUGCUUUCUUUUUUUAAAUAGGCAGAGAUGUCCUUGGAGUAGGAAGGACUUUCUGGGUGAAAUAUCAGGGAAACUCAUUCUCAGCAGUCAGACUUCAGCCUGGGAAUUGCCCUCUGAUCCUCCAGCAGCAGGUGUGAAAAUUUGGGCUCGCCCUGGACAAGCUGAGCCCUAAUGAACAGCUUGAUCCAGGCAGUGAAGUUCAUCUGUUCAUUAAAUCCCACGCUCUGGCAAGCCCCAACUAGAAAGGUUGAUUUCUGGAGGCUUACCUCAUUAAGAAAGACUGAAGACCAAGUCUGUCUUCGAGACCAGAGAGACAGGAGAGAACGUGGGGCCUUUCUCUUGUGCAAGUGACAUCAUGCUGAUGUUUUGAAUGGAUGCCUGACUUUUAAUAACUGUAUGGUAGGCAAAGGAUCCACCAGUAGAACCAGAAAGAAAUUGCAAUAUUUUUUUCUGGGUGUGAUUGUUUAAAAACUGCACAAAUAUGGAUAAUAGUCAAGGAAAUAGAGACUUCUCUUAAUGCCCAAGGUAAACAACUGAACUUCCUGACCUGUUGAUAUUUUUCCACUCCUUACUUUUAUUUUUUGGAAUCUCAGUUCCUUCUCUACUUCAGUUGCCUCUCACUAAAUCUGCAGCAUGAAGAUUUGUUUUAAAACAAAAGCAAUCUAAGUAAAUAGGCAUGAAAUCCUGGUACAGGGGCCACAUACCCACUUUGCAUCCUUGCUCUGCCCACCAGGACCCUUCCAAAAACGUAAGUGCUACACACAUGCCCCUUGAAAGUUGCCUGCUUUUUUCCAGGUGCCUGUCUAAUGACAUUUCACUAAAAGGUCAAGCAAGAGAUGUUUGCAAAGAGAAGGAGGCCUUGCAUAGGGAAAACAUACAGCAGCAAAAAGAGGGCCAAGCUUCUUUCCCACCUUCCAUUUCUGCACAAAAUUUGACUGCACUUGUGGAUUAUUCCACAAAGCCGCCUGCAUUACCAUUAGAAGACAAAUGCAGAGUGGGGAUUUGGAUUGCUCUGACUUUCAAGAACAGAGGUUCUAGAAAGAACCUCCUGCUCUAAUAUUAACAGGUCAGGCAGACAAUGGUUCAGGUUGCUGUAAAGAGCUGUGGGCAGGCUUUAUGACAGAUUGGGCAUGAAUUUUAUGGCAAAAUGGAACACCGCAAGGGGAAACUUGGAUCUAUUCAAUUAACUCCUUUGUUGAGCCUUAUCAGCAGUCUAAAGUAGAAAGGUCUACCAUAAUGGGAGAAGUUAGACUAGCUAUCUUUGAUCUUCCUUUCUGCUCUGUUUAAGCAGCUUAUCUUCUCUGCCAUGUGUUGGCAGAAUACUUGAGGCAGGGGGCAUGGUGUUCAUACUAGAAGACAUGCAUAAAGCUUUUCCACAUGAAGGAAGAUCUGUUCAAAUCCAGCAUCUUUGAGCAGUCAUGAUGGGGCCCAACAAUGACCUCAUCCAUGCCUCUGCUCCCCUUCUUAAAGAUGCAAAAGAUUCCAUUGCCCAAAUGGCUUUGUACAAGCAGUCCUCAACUUAUGACCACAACUGAGACCAGGCUUUCCAUUGUUAGGUGAGAUGGUUGUUGAAUGAGUCAUUGCCCAAUUGUAUCACCUUCUGUGCCCCAGUUCUUCAGCAAAUCCGGCUUCCUCUAUUGAGUUUAGUCAUUGGAAGUUGGCUGGGAAGGUCCCAAGUGAUGAUCACGUGACCCUAGGAUGCUACAACUGUCAUAAAUAUAGGCUGAAUUGCCGAGCGCCUGAAUUUUGAUCAGGUGACCGUGGGAUGUUGCCACUGUUAUAAGUAUGAGAUAUAGUUGUAAGUUACUUUUUUCACCACUGUUGUAACUUUGACCAGUUGCUAAAUGGAUGUAAGUAGGGGACUACCUGUAGGAUUCCCACUGCCCUCUAAUAGAAGGAAAGACACCUCAGCAGUAACAGAAUAACAGAGUUGGGAGGGACCUUGGAGGUCUUCUAGUUCAACCCCUGCUCAGGCAGGAGACCCUAUACCAUUUCAGACAAAUUAUAAUCCAAUCUCUUCUUAAAAACUUCCAGUGUUGGAGCAUCCACAAUUUCUGGAGGCAAGUUGUUCCACUGAUUAAAUUUUUUCUUAGUUUUAGGUCACUUCUCUGCUUGAUUAGUUUCCAUUUCUUGCCUCUUGUCCUACCUUUAGGUGCUUUGGAGAACACCUUGACUCCCUCUUCUUUGUGGCAACCCCAUUAAUGCCAACCUGACCCAUUGUGCAAGAUUUUGGAGAACCUGCUAAUUGAAAUAGUAGCCUCUCUUGACAUAUUGACUCCUAGUAUUCCUCCAAAAACGUAACUGGUAGAAAGGGAAUUGAUUCUAUAGAUGGGUCCUCCAAUGAAUGGAUGGAUUGGGUGGAUUGUUGGAGCCCUGACACCGUGUUUACAUCAUUUCAUGUUAAUUCAAUCUAUAAAAUCAAUUACAGACUGAGAGGGGCUUGGUCCAAAAUAGGUGAGCUGCUGCUGGGAUUUAAUUGGCCAAUAGUCACAUAUUGUGAGCCCUCUGCCUAAACCUGUCUUGGCUCAAUCCCCAUCACAUACUUUAUUGCAGACCUCUUUCUCACAUACACAUACCUACAGACAAGGAAUGGGCGAAAAAAAUACAACUUUCAGCCAAAAUCAGGAGGAGAGGGAAAGAGGAAAAUAUCUGAAAUUGUGAUUUGCACAUCACACUAAGCCAUACAAUGGUUGGCUGGCUUGGAGUUUAGUGUAACGUUUGUUUGCAGCCAGGUAUAGUUUAUUGAAUAAAUUGUGGUUAUACAGUGGCCUAGUGUGAUGGGUGAACCUCAUCUAGGUGAGAACCUCCAAAGGAACCAAAUAGGAAGAAACUUGAAAGGACUAUGAGCAGAAUGUUAAGGAACUGUUGCCUUCUUCGUCUGAGAAGAACAAAAGGAGGAAAUAUUCUGUGGGUGGAGUGAUCCUCUUGACUUCAGACCCUUACACUUUUUUUGUAUUUCCCUUUUCUUUGUACAUCAGUGUUGUUGGGUUUGGUCUAAUGCUGGCUUUUUAUUUCUUUCUCUUUUUUUACACUGCUCGUUUCUGAUUCUGGAGCAUUUGGGUUCUGACUUCUUGGGUUUUUAUUUUGUACAUUUGUAAAUAUUUGUAUGUUGAAUGUUUGGAUGUACAUUUUUAAACUUGAAAAAGCUGCAAGCCAAGCCAUGUUUGGAAAGGUACCCCUAAUGCUUCGGGGUAUUUUUUUUAAAAAAUUGGGGAAUACAGAGGGAGGUGGGAGGAAAGAAAUGAAUCAAAAGUUAUUAUAAUAUAAAGUCCCUAUUCCAGUCAAAGGAAGCCAGAGCAGAGAGGGGGGAAAUUAUCUCAAUCAGUCAACUGGGAUUUCUAUUCCUCCCGAUUUUAAAAUUUCAUACAGUAUAUAUAUGUACUAUGGUUGCUGUUUUUUCUUGUUACUUAUUCCCAGGGCUGUGUGUAAUCUGCAUUGAAUAAAAUAUAUACACCAAAUCUCCACCAAAAAGAGUU